AUGGGUUCCUCCUGGAUUGCUUCAUCGGCUGCGAGCACAAUGUCGCCGUUCCCAGCUCCGACUAAUGCCCAGCGGAAAGCCUACCCCAAAUCAGACAUCAACUUGGUUUUCAAGGACCACUACAGCUCCAAGGUUUACACCUCGCUUUCCCCCGUGGCCGGCGAUCUCGUCAUUACGACGAAGCGCGAUGUCCGCUUCGACUCCAUUCAGAUUCUCCUUCUUGGCCACAGCCGCACCAGUUUUGACGGCAUGGCCACACCCCACGAGAUCACCCACACCUUCCUCAAGAUGGUGAUGCCCAUUUCCGAAUCAGCAUACCCCGUCCCGCGGGUGCUCGAGGCGGACCGGACUUACAAAAUCCCCUUCAACUUUGUUAUCCCAAGCCAGCUCACCAUCAACGCCUGCAACCACGCGGGCCUCUCAGCCGCCAUGCAAGAUCACCACGUCCGGCUCCCGCCGACGCUCGGCACCUGGGAUCGCGACGACAUGGCCCCGCGCAUGGCUCAGGUCGAGUACAGCAUCAAGGCCCGAGUAAUCCGUGAAGACGGAGACGUUCGAACCCGCAUCAUGGAGGUCAUCGAACCUAUCCGCGUGAUGCCUACUUCUGCCGAAGAGCCACCGCUCAACGUCACCAGCAAAGACCAACUCUACCGCAUGACCAAGACCAAGACCCUGCGCAAGAACUUGCUGGCGACCAAAAUCGGCAGCCUCACAGCCGAGGCCUUACAACCCGGCCCCGCGGUCCUCUCCCCCGACGGCCGCCGCGUCAUGUCCCACCCGAUGGCCCGUAUCAAACUCGCCUUCACCCCGGAGUCCCAACGGACCCUCCCACCGACCAUCACCAGCGUCACUGCCAAGGUCACGGCCCACACCUACUUUUCCUCCGCGCCCAUUUCGUCGUUUCCCAACCUCAGCGAGUGGAACACCCCCUACCUCCUCGAUCGCCGCGGACAGUUCUUCAUGUCCACCACUCUCCCCCCAGUAACCCUGUCCGAGCAACCAGCCUGGACGUCGGCUUCUUCUCUGACGCGGCGCGAUUCGGGUUACAGCAGCUGCAAUAGCAGCAACCUUGAUAUCUCCGACCUACAUCUCUCCUCACCUGGAUCUCCCAAACCCCAACAAUCCACCCCAACCGCCUCGUCAUCGACUACGUCGACGACCACAACAACAACAGCCCUAAUCAACAUUCCCCUAUCCCUCCCAACAAGCAAAAAAACCUUCGUCCCCACCUUCCACUCCUGCAUCAUCAGCCGCGUCUACACCGCCCACCUCACCGUCAACCUCUCCGCCCGCGGGUCGGCAAACACCAUUUCUCUUAUUGUCCCGCUGCAGGUUGCGGUAGACGGGCCGACUGCGCCGCUUACUGGCUCGCCUACCCCCGCAACUCCUCCAAUGUCGAACCCGCGUCAUUCUCUACCACCAACCGAGAGGAGGGUGAGCGGUGAAGAGGUCCAAGGUGGUGAUGAAAACGAAGAAGCAGCCGACCGACCGCCGAGCUUUGAAGAGAUUGCUGCGGAUGAGCAUUUGCGGCCGCGGUUGUUGCUGGUGCCGGAUGAGAGUACGGCGGUUAGGGAGGGGAGGGGGGACUGGAUGUUUGCCAGUAGUAGUGCCGGGCAGAGUCAACAACCUGCGGCUCAGGUGGGUGAGGAGUUGCCUGGGUAUGGCGAGUCGGGGUGGGGGAGGAGGACGGUUUGA